GACUGACUCAGCCAUCAAAAUCACCCCCCAACUCUACAUUUCCUCCCCCUCCCAAAAUUCCCUCCGCUCUUCCAUCUCUAGAUCCUCUCCUCUCCUUCAUUCGUGUAUGAAGGAGAGAAGAGUGACCCACCUCCACCGUCCCUUCAAUUCCACUCCUUCCUUCCUUCCUUGCCAACCAAGUUUAAACCUUUUUCCCAAAAAAGCUCGCAACUUUUAAGUCUCCUUCGAAUUGGGUUCGAUUAAUUUAUUAUUGGUUAGUUAACAUGGAUAUCGAGGAACUAUUGGGCCGAAACCGACCGGCGGCAAUCAAGGCGAGGAGUGCGAUUUACGUUUGGGGAUAUAACCAGUCCGGCCAGACUGGUCGGAAGGGCAGAGAGCGCCAGUUGAGGAUCCCGAAGCAGCUCUCGCCGGAGCUCUUUGGGUGCCCCGCCGGAGCUAAUUCGCGCUGGCUGGACAUUGCUUGCGGCCGCGAGCAUACCGCAGCUGUAGCUUCAGAUGGGUCUCUCUUCACUUGGGGGGCUAAUGAAUUUGGUCAAUUGGGAGAUGGAACUGAGGAGAGAAGUAAACAUCCAAAGAAAGUGAAGCAAUUGGAGACGGAGUUUGUGAAGUCUGUAUCUUGUGGAGCACAUUGUACAGCUGCCAUUGCAGAGCCUCGCAAGAAUGAUGGAACCAUGUCGACAAGUAGGCUUUGGAUUUGGGGGCAAAAUCAGGGUUCAAAUCUGCCGCGUUUAUUUUGGGGGGCCUUUGCUCCAAACACGGCUAUCUGUCAAGUAUCUUGUGGAGCAGCUCAUGUGAUGGCUUUAUCUGAGGAUGGCCUGCUACAAGCUUGGGGAUACAAUGAAUUUGGCCAGCUUGGCAGAGGCGUUACAUGUGAAGGAUUACAAGGGGCUCGUAUAAUAAAUGCUUAUGCAAAGUUCCUUGAUGAAGCCCCUGAGCUUGUGAAGAUUACCCAAGUGUCAUGUGGGGAGUACCACACAGCAGCUCUAUCUGAAGAUGGCGAGGUGUAUACUUGGGGGUUGGGAAGCAUGGGGCAACUUGGUCAUUGUUCUCUUCAAUCUGCUGAUAAAGAGUUAUUGCCAAGGAGAGUGGUCGCACUUGAUGCAAUCUUCAUGAAGGACGUGGCAUGUGGUGGUGUGCAUACAUGUGCUGUGACUCAGAAGGGAGCUCUUUAUGCUUGGGGUGGCAGUCGAGCAGGACAAUUAGGCCUUGGCCCUGAAACUGGAUUCUUUUCAUGUAAUCCUAAUGAGUCUGCAAGCUUUUUCCGAAAUAUUCCUGCUUUGGUUAUUCCACUUGGUGUGCAGCUCAUUGCAUGUGGACAUUCCCAUACACUUAUUUCUACAAGGGAAGGAAGGAUUCAUGGAUGGGGCUACAAUAGCUAUGGUCAGGCAUCUAAUGAGAAAUCUACUUAUGCUUGGUAUCCAUCUCCAGUUGAUUGGUGUGUUGGGGCAGUUCAAAAACUUGCAGCUGGUGGGGGACAUUCAGCUGUGUUGACCGAUGCAUGUUCCUUGAAGGAAUUGUGCGAAUUUAGGCUUGCAGAUAGUGUGACUCCGACCAAUGCUUCUAUUAUUGAGGACAUUGCGUCUAGAACAGAUUCAGAUAAUUUAGUACGCCUAUGUGAAAGAUUGAGGCAGCACAUGCUUGAUGGUGGCGACUACGAAUUUGAAGAUGAUGAGCCAAAUAGUUAUAGGAAGUGAGGAAACAAUGGGAUCAACUUAUGAGAUAGUUAACCAUUAUGUCAAUUUGUAUCUAUUGAUCACUUCAUUUACAAUCUAGUUAGAAAGUAAGUAAUAAAAGUUGUUGUAAUAACAUUGUAAAGUGGCCAUUUCUUGUAAUCUUGUAUGUAUUUAUGUCAAGACGUCGCAUUGGGAUGUACCUGUUUCUGUAAUUACUCAUUAGUUAUAUGAAAACUUUGAACCUGAACUUAGCAUGUA